GCUUUCUGAUUAGACAUGGACGGAGAACCUAUCGAUGGGGCUCGCUCUCAGUACGCAUUGUCCACUGGAAAAGCUGACAGCAAAGUUCGAGAAAUGGAGGCCUUUAUAAUAUCGAUCUCCAUAUGCUUAUCAAUAUUUAUCCUUGUUUCGAUUAUAACUCUAAUUGUGCGAGCGCAAAAGGCGAAGAACAACGUGGGCUUUGUGAUCACUGAUGCUAACAGGGCUCCCAUACCUCCAGGUGGAAUAGCUGCUACCCAUGGCCAAGCAGCGGGUCUGCCCAGCUACUAUCCACCUCCUGGCCAUCAAGCACACGUUUAUUCACCUGCCUAUGUAUACCCAGCGCGGACCGUGAGCCAAAUUCAAGUGCAAGUGCAGGGCAUUCCCGCUCCCAUUAAUAGCGUUCCACCAAGCUAUCAACGUGCUGUAAAUGAGGGAAACCCGACUAAUGCAGAGCUAAAUAUUUUACCCACCAGCCUCGAAAAAUCUUUAACUCAACAAACCCACCGAGGCGCAGUUGAAACAGUUAGCCAGAUUUAGUCAAAACAGUUUUAAUGGCAUAAAGUAUUAAAACACUGUAAAUAUAAAUAUAUUUAUUAUUUAUUAAA